UCCAGAAGCCGGCGGCUACGCAUCACACAGCUAUGGAACGGCAGGUUACGACGAUCUAACGCAGGGUCAGGACUACAAGUCUUCCGGUUACUCCGCCGUCUCACAGUCCGCCAACAAGUCCGCUGGGUCGUCGUCAGGUCACGCUGGGGUCGCCAACAGCGGCGACCUCCAGAUGAACCCAGCGUCCGCCUACAGCAAGGCUCACGCACAGUUUGACAACAAGGGUUUCCACGCGGGCACGGCGCCCCCGUUCAACCUCGCUCAGCUGGCGAGCGCCGGCACGGCCGUGCCACUCGGCGUGCCCUCUACCGCCUACGCCGCGCCCUACGGACAGAUGCUCGCCCAACACCACCCCCAGAUGGCGCUGCACGGUCACCACAUGCAGCAGGACUCGGCGUCCGUUUCGUCGCAGCGUCCGAGCCAGGCCGCCGGGCCGCCAAAGAUCCCGCCGGGGAAGCCGUACAACAGCACCGGGUACUGGGCCGCAAACUGAAGCUGCCACGGCCGCCCCUCUCGACCCCCGCGCGCGUGCGCGGCGCGGUUUUAAAUCUAUUUAUGAGUCGUCACGUGUUAGGUGUCGUCGACAGCUGUUGUAGGUCGUGCAGGCCCCCCCCUUCGAGUUCUUGCUCCCCGUGCGUGCACGGGAGCUCUCUCGGAUUGUGUCUGUUUUAAAAAAACCAUAGAUUUGGUAUGUUUCACCUUUGUGUAUUACAGUGUACAAAAUAUUAUCUGUUGACUGCUCGUAUUAUCUGCAUACUUAUAUAUAUUGUGUAACGAAAGCUGUCUGCUUGGUGACCCCCACCCACUCACAGCCAACAAGGAUGGAGGAGGGGGGUCGAUUGGGAAGCGUGACGAUGCUUCCUGCACCCCACCUCCCCAUCCCAACGUAUUUCUAUCACAGCCAACAUUGGCAGACGGAUGAAGAAAAGCUCUCUCCUCCCGAUUGUACAGCGUAUGUAUGUUGCGGCUCGUUACCCUGGCAAGGAUACGUAGAGGGCACGUUGACGAUGUGUUGUGUUGGUGAUAUUUUGUUGGUUUCUCCUGAUGAUGAACUUUGGUGGGACUUAUCCGCGGCCGCGGGUCGAUCUACAAUGCCUGAUUAAUUAUUAAUUGCUCGUGUCUCUCUCUUUAAUCAUCUGGCAUUUGUCAAAUACAGCUGUACAAAGGUGUGUAGACAUUAUAGGGUAUUAUGCUCUGGAAAACCCCGUGCCGAGCAAGCAGUGACAGCAGGUUAUUUUUAAAAAGUCUGUCUGUUUCUUGCUCUAGCAAAAGUAAUAGGGGGCAUAUUAUGUGUGCUGUAAGAUAUUAUAUGCGCAAGGUCAGCGUCUAUGGAAAAACGUGGGAAAAAUACUAGAACUCGUGUUGAUAGAUGUAGUUUGGUUAGUAAUUCCAGCAUUAAGUUUUAUGUCUUUCUUGUAUUGUAAGUUUCUGCUUUUUAUUUCUCGCUGCUGUCACAGCAUACGUAUAAACCAUAUUAUGAUUCUGUAAUAAAUAAUGGAAAUUUGCCUGACAUA